AUGCUCCCAAGCAUCAUUGCCGCCGCCGCCUCGCCCAGGCGAUCCUCCCACCACCACCGGCGCCGGCGAGGACCGAGGACCGCCGUCGCGGCGGCUACUACCCUCGCUCUUGUCGUAGCCACCUCCGCGUGGUCUUCCCUCGUGUUUUCCUCUUCCAACGCUCUUCCUCUCCUCCUCUGGCGCCGCCACCAUGGGAGUUCCCCGUGGUCCUUCCCCAAACACCCUGACGUGGUCCUUCCUCCUGCUGCCGAUGAUGAUGCCAGCGGGUCCAGCGCCAUCUCCGCCUCGUCGGGGUCGCAGACCGGAAGGUCCCCCGCGAAGAGGGAUGCUCCCCUGUCGCUUAACCACAUCGUCUUCGGCAUCGCCGGCUCCGCCAACAUCUGGCACCGCCGCCGCGAGUUUCUCCGCCUGUGGUGGCGCGCUGGCGCCAUGCGCGGCAACGUCUGGUUGGAGGACAACCUCAAGCAGCAGCGGCAUCAACCACUGGGAACCUUAAACUCCACCAAUCUCUCGAUCGGAGGUUCCUCCUCCUCGCUUCCUCCGAUCCGCGUCUCCGAGGACAUCUCCCGCUUCCGCUACACCAACCCUACGGGCCACCCCUCGGGGCUCCGCAUCGCCAGGAUUGUAGCGGAGACCUUCCGCCUCGGCCUCUACAGCGACGCCCGGUGGUUCUUCCUAUGCGACGACGACACCAUUGUCAGCCCGGACAAUCUGGUGGCGGUGCUGUCCAAGUAUGACUGGCGGGAGAUGGUCUACGUCGGAGGACCUUCAGAGAGCCACUCGGCCAACACGUACUUCAGUCAUGGCAUGGCCUUCGGUGGUGGCGGCAUUGCUCUUAGCUUUCCUCUCGCCGAGGCCCUCACGGACAUGCUGGAUGAGUGCCUCGAUCGGUACCCCAAGUUGUACGGGAGCGACGAUCGCCUCCAUGCAUGCAUAUCAGAGCUGGGAGUUCCACUCUCCCGUGAGCGUGGCUUCCACCAGGUGGAUUUCUAUCGAUUCUCUCUUCAAUCCGUGCUUGCAUUUUUCUUCUUCAUACUUCCACCCGCAGAAUUUGAGGAGCAUGCAGAUAUUAAAGAACGUAUUGAUCUCUUGUUCUUUAUGUCGUUGUCCCAUUUCCUGUAUCCCAUAUAUCAACUGCUGUAUUUAAUUGUUCAGACUUCUCCGUUCAAUCUCCCAUGCGUGGCACCACUGCUAGUAUUUUGUUUCAUCCCUGAAAUUUGAAUGAAUGAAUGGAUGUCCGCCUCUACUCCAGUUAAACUUUUCUCAGUCAAGCUCUUAAUUCUUACUUUUCUGUCAGUGGGAUGUUAGAGGAAACGCUCACGGUCUUUUGGCUGCUCAUCCGAUCUCUCCUUUCAUAUCGAUACAUCAUGUGGAAGCUGUGGAUUCUUUUUACCCUGGAUUGAGCCACCUAGAAAGCCUUGAACUAUUUUCUAAGGCAAUGAAGAUCAAUCCUUCAAGCUUUCUGCAGCGCUCCAUAUGCUACGAGAGAAGAAAGAAGCUGACCUUCUCAGUCUCACUGGGUUACGUUGUUCAAGUUUUUCCUUAUGUUGUUCUUCCCCGAGAUCUUGAGCGCUCUGAGCUGACUUACAUUGCGUGGAACAAUCUGGGAAACAGAAAUGAGUUUGAUUUUGAUACAAGAGAUUCAUAUCAACCAUUAUGUAAAAAGCCAAUUCUCUUCUUCCUGGAUGAUGUAUGGAAAAAUGGAAGUGUCACUGGUGGUUCUUACCUGAGAGCCAGAGGGAAAGAUGACUUUAAGAGAAAAGUUCUGUGCUUUCCCAGAUCUUAUCCGCUGCCUUAUGUGAAGAAAAUUCAUGUUCUGGGGAAUUUAUUAAGUGAUAAAUGGCACUUGGUUUGUUCCUUUCUCCCAUCACUUUUAUGUUUGUCCCUCGUAGCUUCUUUCACAUUGCAAUAAAAUAUUUCUUUUAAAAGCAUCUACUUUUUUUAACAGGUUCCACGACGAUUGUGCUCCAAAAUUAGUCAUGCAAGUGAUGACCUUCUCACCUUAAUGGUUGGACAAUGUGAGAAGGGGAGUCUUGGGUCUGCUGCUGAUUCUCUGUAG